AAAGUCGUAGUGAACCAGUUCUUCGCUUUGAUGCAGUGAACACAGUUUUCGUUGAGCAGUGUUCGGGUGUGGUUCUGUGGUUGUGUUUCAUCAUGAAAGCAAAGUGUGUUGUUUGCUUAGUCUUACUGUGUUGGACGGUUGGCGCAUUAGGAUAUUCGUCGAUACGCUGUCAAAGUGAGGGCUAUUACAGUUCAAAAGCGACUUUUUCCGGUGUAAUUAUUAAAGGUGCAGAAACUCCGCAGUUUUCAUGUAACAAUGGCUACACAAUACAUCAAAUAUCGUUUGAAAACUCCUCCGUGGAAGAACUACCCAAACAGCUGUUUGAUACAUUUAAUUACAUACAAAUUGCAAACCUCACUCGCAGCGGCAUCAAACAUGUGAGUCGUUACAGUCUUGAACGGGCCAGUUCUUUGCAAACUCUGGAUCUAUCGCGAAACGAAUUGAACGAGUUAACGGCGAAUUGCUUUUCCGGAGCCAGAGCGCUUACCAAACUCAUUUUAUCACACAACAAUAUAAGCUCGAUUGAUAGUAUGGCCUUCAAUUCGCUAAUUAAUUUAGCAGCCCUUCUGUUGACUGGAAAUAAGCUUCACUCAUUGGACAGCAAAGUUUUCGGCUCGCUUGCAUCAUUACAAACCAUUUAUCUGGACUUCAACGAGCUACAGGUAAUAGAACGCGGCCUCUUCUCCAGCAAUGUAAAGCUGCAAAAUAUUCUUCUGCAAAACAAUCGCAUCAGCGUGGUCGAAGAAGGGGCACUUGAAACGCACUCACCAUCAGUUUUAAGUAUUCUUUCACUAAGUAACAAUAACCUCACAAAACUGAAUCUGAAAGGGGUAAAUGCGAAGAAACUGUAUCUGGCCAAUAAUAAGCUUGAGGAAAUUUAUCUUUCACAAUGGAUGGAAUCAGUUUACGCGCAGCACAAUAACAUCUCGAGCAUUUUCAUUGACAACUCGUCGAGCAUGAGCCUCAAGACGCUCGAUUUGGAAAAUAACUCUAUCACGUCAUUUGAAUCGAUUCAACAUUUAGAUUCGCUCGUAAAUCUCUAUCUAUCCAACAAUCGGAUUGGUCCAUUGAACCUCACGAGUCUUACGAAGUUUACCAAGCUCGAACAUCUUGGACUGGAGCGAACGUUCAUUUCGAACUUACAACAUGGUACAUUCGCACAGCAGCAAUCGCUUAAAUGGUUAGAUUUGACCUACAAUAACCUGGAUCGCUUCGAUUUCGACAUUCUAACUUCCUCUACCGAACUGCAGAAAAUCUAUCUCGAUGGUAACCGGCUUAAGUCGCUGAAUUUUGAACACCUCAAGAAAACAUUCCCAUCACUUGUAGAGAUUGGUUUCUCCGAUAACAACUGGAACUGUUCAUAUUUGGUUCAGCUUGUACGUUACUGCACCGAUCAUUCAAUCGCGCUGUUCAAGUAUCAGGUGACCGUACAUAAUCAAACGAAUGUGAAGGGUAUCUAUUGCUACGACGAUAAAAACCCUCUUGCCAACUGGAAUACCACAAUGCAGCAGUUGGAAAUACUGCAUCCCCAUCUUCACAACUCAUCGGAGGACAGCGCAUUGCAGACGUUGCUCCAAAGUGUCCUGGAGGAUGUGCGUCGUUUCAGCGAUCGCCAUGAAGAAGUUACGAAUCAAACCACCAAACUUGAUGGGGCCGUGUUUGAUCUUACCAAGAAUCAGUUCAAUCUGCAGAAGGAUCUCAACAGCUUGCGGCAAUCACUGUACGACAUCCAGUUAUCAUUGCUGUCGAACCGGACGAACGGUAGUGCCGGUGUAAAUAACGAUGAGCUUCGACGCAUGAUCGAGACGGCGAACAAUUUAACGCUCGACAAACAAGAACUGAGUGCUAAAACGCUCGAGUUUAAGAUCUACGAGCAGACGUUCAAAGUGGAUAAGGCGCUGGAGCUUGCAAAGGAAAACACUGAUAAAAUCACGCUGCUUGGGAAGCGAGUCGAGCAGUGGAUCAGCAACACCGUUGGCUCUGGUGGUGUUAGUUUACUGGCGCAAGAUAGACAGCAACAGCAACAGCUUGUACAACAGGGCGCUGUGCAUGCAACCGGAGGUGGCGGUGACCACGGACUGAUGAUUGCAAUGUUGGUUAUGAUGUGCCUCAUGGUGGGUGUGAUUAUGUUUGGCUUUUUCAAAUUCAACCGCCUUGCGAUAAACGUCGAACGAAAUCGUUAUGCGAACAGAGAGAGUCUGGCAGCGAUGAUCAACAACGAUAUUUGACUUGUUCUUCUUUGUACUGUGUAAGAGGAAUAAGAUUUUAACAUUAAUUUUUAAUUAUUAUAAUAAAUGACCACAUACCUAAGCAAUUUUAAA